UUUUGGCUGAAGUUUUGAUGUUCAAGCGUCGCCCCUAGGCUUACGCAAUCUUGUACAGACAGCUUGCUGUUCAGCGAUGUCCUUGUUCCAGCCACGAUCCGCACAGGCUGCAUUCUCAUUUGCGUUCCUGCUGCGAGUUACAGCCGAUCGGUCGACAGUACCUUUGCCGACCACGCCCCAGCUUUUGUAUCAGCAGCACGAGAUCAUGGCAUUGGUUCAUUUCAACAUGGCAACUUUUGCACAUGACGGUGAUCCCGGCUGUGGUCCAGACAAUUGGAACCAAAAGGCAUCCUACGCCACAGGGCCUACGAGCGAUCCAGCCACAUUCAACCCUGAGGGGCUUAACGUAAGCAACUGGGCCGAGUCGAUGGUCGCACUCGGUGCCAAGCACGCAGUUCUGACAGCUAAACAUGGUUGCGGUCAUCUUCUCUGGCCGACUCGUACGCCCUUGCCUGAUGGUCGAGACUAUACAUAUUGCGUUGGCAAGAAUGCGAGUGCCAUCAAGCGAGACGUGCUUAAGGAAUUCUCCGAUACGAUGCUACGCUUUGGUAUUGGCCAUGGCUUCUACUACAGUCUGACCAACAACUUCUAUUUGAAUGUACAGGGUCACAAUGUUCAGAACACGAGCUUGCUGCCAGGGCAAGAGAAGGUCAGCCAGGAUGAAUUCGAGGCCAUAGCUCUGUCUCAAGUGACCGAACUGUGGACUGAUUAUGGACAUCUUUCAGAGAUUUGGUUCGAUGGAGGCUACACCUCAGACAUGAAGGACAACAUCACUAGUCUCUUGAAUCUCAGGCAGCCUACGGCAGCAUCGUUCGGCGGAUACGGUGUGAGUCCAAACCCAGUGUGCUGGGUUGGUACGGAGUCUGGUGCCCCUGGAGGUGAAGUAUGGUCGACUGGCACUAGCAACCUUGGAGAUCCUAACUCCACUGUGUUCUGUCCAAAGGCUUGUGACACAACGCUCCAGGAAGGUGAUCAUUGGUUUUGGACCUCAAGCAAUGACAUCCGAUCGCUGACGGAGCUCAUCGACGUGUACCACGGCACAGUGGGGCGUAACGGUAUGCUUGAGCUUGAUUUUGCAAUCAAUCGCAGUGGUUUAGUGGACGAAGCGCAUGCUGAACGCUACAAAGAGUUUGGCGAUUGGAUCCGGGCUUGCUAUGGCACGCCUGUGGUAUCGACGGCAGUAACUGGAACGUAUGCUGAAUUGGAGACGCCACCAGGUUCACCUCAGAUAGAUCGCGUCAUGUUGCAGGAAGAUUUGGCAAGCGGUCAGCGUGUGCGAGCUUAUCGAGUGGAGUAUCUUCUGCAGGGCAAAUGGACCCUCUUUUCUUCUGGACGCAGCAUCGGGCACAAAAGGAUUGACCUCGGUAACCCAAUCAGUGGGUCUCAGAUAAAGUUCAAGCUCAACAUAACUGAUUACAUCGGCGGUGGGCCUUUAAUCCAGAAUUUUGCCAUCUUCGCAGCUUGUCCAAGUGAUGCGGAAGAGAUAGUCGUUGUUUGAAGUGUGUAUGUGGGUAGGUAUGCCAUGGGCACUUUGCUGUAGCUGAUCGAGCGAACAUUCUAUGACGGCACGGCUGACCGCGUCGUGUUGGUGGAUGCCACGCCUUGCAGCCACGCUGCGCUCGAAUUCUCUGGUUGCAGCGAACAAUGUCAGUGCGAGUCCUACUUAGAGAUGUUGCACGAUGUUGCUUGCUUUUGCAAUCUUCUUAAACGAAUCCUUCACACUCGAACAGCGACAAGGGACAACAUUGGACGACACUCGUCAUUGGGUGUAUUUUGUUGUGUUGUGUUCGCUUGAUUCCAUGGGAGCGCAUUGGCGGAUUCGUGUUCUCUUUCCUCGAGCAUCGAUCAAUCUGAAGCCGGGGCGAUGUGUAGCGAGCGCACGUCUUAACCACUCGGACAGGUAGAUGCAACGAAGUAGAAAACAUAGUGCCAGGUUCUUGUAAGUCGUACCAAAGCCUGAACACCAGCAGGGCUCC